AUGGAACUGCCUCCGUUCCGCUUCGCAGCGUGCGGACAGCGGCCGCUCCUGGAAGGCAGCUCCGGAUCCCGGAUCGUAGGGGGACAGGAUGCUCCGGUGGGAGCGUGGCCGUGGCUCGUGAGCCUGCAGCUCCAUCGCGGUGGUGGCCGGUACUCACAUGUGUGCGGAGGGGUUUUAGUCGACAGGAGUUCGGUGCUCACCGCUGCCCACUGCGUCGCAGGGAGGAGGGACACAUCCACCUGGCGAGCUGUUCUGGGGGUGCACAACCUUGGGCAGCCCCGUGCCCACACCACCAGGAGAUACCUCAGGAGCAUCGUGGUGCACCCAGGCUUCAAGAGAGACACGUUUGAGAACGACAUCGCCUUGCUGGAGCUCAGCACCGCAGUGCGCUACGGCAGCACCAUUCAGCCCAUCUGCCUGCUGCCCACACACUGGUACCCGCACAGCCACAGCGGAACCCAGUGCUUCAUCAGCGGCUGGGGACGCACGAAAGAGCAAGGUAAGAUAUCAGCUGUGUUACAAGAAGCACAAGUGGAAAUCAUCCCUUCUGAGGUCUGUAACAGUGAUGAUGCCUACAGAGGGCUGGUGAACGACAACAUGAUCUGCGCUGGCUCUCUAUGGGGAGGCACCGAUACCUGCCAGGGAGACAGUGGAGGACCUUUGGCGUGCUAUCACCCCCCUACCAACAGGUUCUACCUCCUGGGGAUCGCCAGCUUUGGAGUUGGCUGCGGCCGACCACUAUUCCCUGGGAUCUACGUCCGUUUGUCUCAAUACAGAAGAUGGUUACAAGCUGAACUGGAGCUGAAUAACAAGGCUGGGAGCCCCAUGAGUGCUCCACUCACCGUCCUCCUGAGCCUGACACCCACAGUGCUUGUGUGGGGUCUCUGA